CACAAAAUACUUACUGAAAAAAAGUAUUCAAUUUACGGACAGAUGACUGUACUUAAUUUUUAAUUUUGGUAGUUGGGAAAGUGACAUCUUCAAAGACCAGAGCCAAGUUUUAUAGAAUACAAGGGACACUAAGGGCAUAUUUGCAAAUUUCGGAAAAAAAAAAAAAAACCCGACUGCAUACCAUAAUAUUUUUAGUUUGUAAACAAUGGUAGUUCAAUAAAAUGAAUGAAGAUGCAACAAUAGGUGUUACCUGGUGAUCCCGUAUCUUUGGGAACACAUUUUAAGUACCCACAACUUUACCCUUUUCAUGAAAGACACUUGUGCAACACUUAUCUUUAUUGUGGAAACGUUUCACCAACCAGUGCUCCUCAGUCCAAUACAGAGAAGAAUGGUUGAGGAUCAGCAGUACAAGGUAAUCAGUCCCUGAGCCUGAAGAUGUGACCAGUUAUCAUUCUAGAGUACAGUAUGUGUGUGGAUUAGCUUAUAUAUUGUAGACCAACUUCCACCUGUGGAAGUGUCCAAGGUGUCACCGUCUACAACUGCUUCACCUCCCCUGUCUACAUUGCUGCACAAGCGUAAUUCAUCAUCCUGUCGGUUCUCUGAUUUAUCUACAUUACCCAUUUCAAUCAGGCGGUUGUUUAAAAAAUAAGAAUUCAGAACUAGAACUUACGAGUCUGAACGCUGAUAUACAGCACCUGAAGCACCACCAGUACCAGAAAUACUCUUGACACCAUCUUCACGACCUGGAAUUUAGUUCAACACGUUAAACAAGUUUUGUGUUGGAAGUGAAGAUGAUGAUUGUACGUCUGUCUCUCCUGCUGGUGGCGGUGCUGGUGCUUCAGGCAGAGGCUACAACCCCACCUGCUCAGUUUUCAGGAAGAUUAUGUGGAAGAUACUGUGGAAGAACCCUCAGUCCAGUGUGUGGCAGUGAUGGAGUCACCUAUUACAACUAUUGCAUGUAUGAGAACGCCAGAUGUAUCCACCCUGGACUCACCAUUCUGUACAUGGGAUAUUGUCCAGGUGGUGCUGGAAUUAUUGGUAAGGAGCCUUAGUCUUGUGGGCUGGGUGGAGCUUCCAGUGGAGGGGGACUCGCAGACUCUUGAUCAACUAGUCACGACAGCUACAAGAUAGAAGCUUUACGGUACGGUCAUCGUGACAGUAUUAUGUCAGUCGUCCUCAUGACAGCCUUACAUAUACGACAACACUGGCGACGACAACUGCUGAACAGGACUUAUGUAAUCAACAUGAUCUUCCACGUUUCUGCUGAGUUAUCAAAUAACUCAUAUUACUAUUGGCUUCAGACAUUUUUCUGAAUUCAUAUACUUUAUCACUGGUUACUCUGAUAUAUUUAACUCUUAUUUCAUAAUCUCUUCAGUUAAUGUUAAAUUUUUCUGUAUUUAAUAAAGAUGUAUAAUUA